AUGAAGGGCUACUUGGUCAGCUGCGGCGUGCCCAAAAACAAGCAGAGGAGGCAGAUCCUUUGCCUAGGAUGCGUGGGCAAGCUGAUGGGGGAUUUGAAGGUCAGCGCCGAUGCAGAGAGCGUGAGCCUGUGCAAGCACGAUGCGCUGUUGUUCGAGCGCCAGGCCUCAGGGAGCUGGAGGCAAAAACUGGAGCUCACGAACGAGCUGCUUGAGGCUGUUGUGAUCUCAAACGAGAGCACCCCUGAGGAGCGCCUCGGCAUCCCGGCCCAAGCUGGCCUCUUCCUGAGCGGCGUCCUGGAGGGCACGUGCCGCAUAGUCGUACCGGCUGGAGUAGACGCAUGUGCGCCCGGCCCCCUGCGGCUCUACAUGACGCAUUGGGAUCACAACCGAGCGAGGCCAAAAGCUCUCGGCAAGCCCAGCAAGGAAAAGGCGCUGCUGGAGGAGUGCUGGUGGGAUAGCCAGGGAUACUCGAACUGCUCGUGCGAUCGUGGCCGGCUGGCCAGGGACGCUCCUUGCGUCCAUAAGCUGGUGCUCGCGGCCCUCCGCUCUACGGGGUUGCAGCAAGGGGACCUUCCCACUGCCAGAGAGUUGGGACGGGGAGCGGGGCUGGUCGAGCAGGUGGGUACGGACUCUACGGGGCGCUUCUUUGCCGUGAGAAGCAGCCCUAAGGGGGUCAGCCCAGCGCACAAGAUGCUGCAUCGGAGCGUUGAUGGCGACUGGUACUGCCAGGGAAAGAGGGACGGCUGUCCGUCGCAGCACGACUGUAGCCACAUUCUCGCUGCGAACUUGGCCGUCCGAGCGGGGCAGGUCCAUUUUGCACAGGGGCUACUUCUUGGGCAGGAUGCCCUAAGUACGGCGAGGCAGUGGCUGGAACGAUGGGACGGAGCGCUUGGCAGGGGUGAGGGGGGGAGCGAGUCGCGCUCGAGUUCCGAAGGGGCCAGCGAGGAGGAGGCGCACCUGAUGGGCCUCAUAUCAGGACAGCGCCAUGAGCCGGCCGGAUGCGCUGGUGCGGACUGCUUCUGCCGAGAGCACCAGCAAUUGUUCGGAGUAGCUGAGCCGACCGCAUCAGCGCCUCAGGGGCUGAGCGUGAGCGAGCCAUGGACGGGGGCGCGCAGGAGCAAGCAGUGGUAUAGGAGUCACGCGGGCGGGGCUCCUUUGAUCGUGGCGCCCCAGAGUGUCCGGGAGCCACCCAUGGAGGCGCUAGGCAAGGAAGCGAUCCGAUGCUGGGUUUCCUCCUGCGGCAACUGCACGCUGGAGGGUGCCCAGCGGGGAUGCCAGCAUGAGGGCAAGGGAAGGGCGCCGGUCAUGCUUCAGGAGACGCAGGCCGUCCAGGUGACGCAGCCGAAGCUGAGCCAGCUGAGCGACGCCCCGGACUUUCACGACCCGUGGGUGAUGCGGCUGAGGUGCGGACCGAUCAGAGUCAGCAAGCUGGUGGGGCGGGACUUCCAUGAGCUGGGCGACCUUGGGAUGCUGAGCGCGCCGUGCCCUCUCGAACCCCCUCUGUGCGGUGGAGAGUGGGCGGGGCUGUGGCAGGACGCGCUGCUGCUCAAGCAGAUGCAGCGGGGGCAGUCGGGCUUUGGGGCGCUGCUGGAGGGGCAGCAGGAGGCCCUCUGGAGGGCACCAGAGUGCGCCGUCCUGUCAGAAGAGACGUGGCGGAAGGCGAGCCUCGAUUUCUUCCGGCUGGUUGGCCGGCAGCUCCUGGAAUGCUGCAGCAUAUGCGGUCCGCACCCGGAGGUCUUGCUAUGCGAUGGGAUCGUGGGGAUUGCCAACUCCGAUGGCGGGAAGCGCCCCGGGGGGCUUGGGUCGACCUCGCACGACUUCCGCAGGCCGUUCACGCAUCCGGGGCGGUCUGCAGACGGCGCCGCGCUCGAGAAGCAAUCGGUUGCGGGGCGCGACUAUUGCGCUGCAGGGCUGGAGGGUGGCGGUAUGAAACGGCGCCUCGUACUGCAACCCGAGCUGCGGGAGCUGAUAGCACGCGUCUCCAGGCAUCGACCGGUGAGCGAGAAGCUGGGCCAGCCACUGAGCGAGGCCGAGUACCUGGGUCUGAAGGAGGCCCUCGGCAGGGAGGACGUGCUGCUCGUGACCCGCUUCAUUCCGGGCGAUGGAGAGGGCCCGGUGCCUGCAGACACCAGACGCCGCCUCUUGGUCGAGCAGCGCCAGAUGGUCCGGGACAAGAACCGGGCGAUGCUGCGAUUGCUGGAGGGGAUCGAGCUGGAGCAGGCGGCGAGGGGUGGGAGCCCGCGGCUGUGGGAGCACUGGCCGUGCGAGUGGGGUGAAUUGCUGUACGACCUGGGGGCGCACGACUCGGACGACGGCAUCAUCGGCCACUCCGACGGGCUGGCUGU